AAUAACUUUAUCAACCUGAGCUUUCUGAGGCUGUUCCGAGCGGCUCGGCUCAUCAAGUUGCUGCGUCAGGGCUACACCAUCCGAAUCCUGCUGUGGACCUUCGUUCAGUCCUUCAAGGCCCUGCCCUAUGUGUGUCUGCUAAUCGCCAUGCUGUUCUUCAUUUACGCCAUCAUUGGCAUGCAACUGUUUGGGAACAUUGCCAUCGACGAGCAGGAGGAGAGUGCCAUCAACCAGCACAACAACUUCAGGACCUUCUUCCAAGCCUUGAUGCUGCUCUUCAGGAGUGCUACGGGGGAGGCAUGGCAUGACAUCAUGCUGGCCUGCCUGGGAGGGAAGGAUUGUGACGUGCGAUCGGGGACGAAGGAGCCUGAGUGCGGGAGUGUGUUCGCGUACCUCUACUUCGUCUCCUUCAUCUUCUUCUGCUCCUUCCUGAUGUUGAACCUGUUUGUGGCUGUCAUCAUGGACAACUUUGAGUACCUGACCAGGGACUCAUCCAUCCUGGGGCCUCACCACUUGGAUGAGUAUGUGAGGAUCUGGGCUGAGUACGACCCUGCCGCCUGCGGGCGAAUUCAUUAUAAGGACAUGUACAGUUUAUUGCGUGUAAUCUCCCCCCCUCUCGGCUUAGGCAAGAAAUGCCCUCAUAGGGUGGCCUGCAAGAGGCUGCUCAGAAUGGAUUUGCCUGUCGCCGAUGACAACACAGUCCAUUUCAAUUCCACCCUGAUGGCCUUGAUCAGGACAGCGCUCGACAUCAAAAUAGCUAAGGGAGGGGCAGACAAACACCAGAUGGACGCGGAGCUGCGGAAGGAGAUGAUGGCAAUCUGGCCGAACCUGUCUCAGAAGACACUGGACCUGCUGGUCACUCCCCACAAGGCAACUUGUGACUUGACGGUUGGGAAGAUCUACGCAGCGAUGAUGAUCAUGGAGUAUUACCGGCAGAGCAAAGCCAAAAAGCUUCAGGCUCUCCGGGAGGAGCAGGUACUGCCAUAGCGAAGCACACUCCGCAAUCGCAAACUAACUCUGCAUUCAGCAAAAAACCCACUGCGGCUGCAACAAAGACUCCCCUGCCAGCAAAGCAAAAGCAAAAGCAAAACCAAACGCAGGAAUAUUCUAGGGCAGCUUCAUGAUGUCAAACUCUUAUUUUAUUCAUGCAGACGUUCUUGAAGUAGCUCUGUCUGAAUUAAAGCCUUGUUAGCAGGGCCUGCACGGCAGUCUCACAGGUGAACUCCUGUCGUGCCAGAAACAUUUUUUUCUGUCCGACUCGAUUUGUUUGCUCUAUAGUUUUAUAGUUAAAUAAUCCUCCCUGAUUGAGCCCAUAAUUUCAUCAUCUCAACAGCAGGGCCCACGGAUCAUAAUGUUAAACUAAGGAAACCUCUGUAUUGCGAGGAGCUUAUUAAAUAUCCAACGGUACUACAGUAUUAGUUUGAAGUGAAAACAAACAUGAGGGUCAGCAAGGCUGUGAUGUGUCUAGCAAUACUGCAAACUUAUUAGCAACCCCCAGAAACUAGUGUGACAGCCAGACAGUCAGCAACGACCCAAGCUUUGAAAUUCAAGCCAAAAUGAUUACAAAUUGUAACUCGUGCUUUAUUUAAAGACUGUAUAACACACAUAGCAAUGGGCCCCAGGCAGUGUAUUUCUACUGGAAGUACCAGAGCCCUGCAGCAAUACUGUACAUAUGAAUCUGUGCAAAAGGUGAUGGGACAAUGGAGGUUUGCAAUGACGCACACAGGUAGCCAGUCAUGUUAAACACACGGAAAGUCACUUAAUGCUGAAAGACAAAAUGCUUUUAAAAAUGACUCAUCUUUUUCACAACCCAAACGGCGAAAGGCCAAAAACUAGCGUUUGUUGAAGAUUAUGUUAAAACAAAGCUAGGCAAAACUCCAACAAUAAAACACGAAACCAACAAACCUCUACAGAAGCUACUGCAGAUCAUCAGUACAUUAGUUUCUACAGUUCCUUAAUUGUAAGAUCCGGUACCUUUUCUUUACAAGGUACCCCCUGAUUGUAACUAUAGGAUAGGCGUGACUGCAGCCUGUGCACCCAGCCUUCCAGUGGAGCAUUACCCAGGUCUCUGUGCUGCUGUAUCAGGCUUGCCUGGGAUGGUUUGACUGUGCUGUGGGUAAGAGGUACAAUACUUGUGCUUGAUCACAGCUAAGUGCCAGUACUUUUCAGUUUGCAGUCUCAGGGGAGUCUUUGUUCCGGCUCUACAAUGCAUACCUGAACCUGCUGUGCUUCCAUUCUAGCUUUCGACUGUACAGUACUCAUCUCUCCCCCAAUCCCUCUCCCUCCUCCAACCAUAACUGUGAACAACCAACCAUUUCUAGCAAUAAUCCUCAUGGACUGUAGCCCUCCCAUAUAUAACCCUUCCCUCUUUAUCAGUGUUUAAAAUAGAUAGAUAGAUAUCUUGUACUUAAGUUAAAACUGCCCACUGAGACUGUAAAUAUGUAGCUUGACAAUGUGUAAACAUUUAACUAAGAAAUUCCAUAAAGUAAAUGACAAAAAGAGU